AUGUUCAAUUUUUUAAGUUGCUGCACUAAUCCAUCAUAAUAAGCCAAUUAAAACUUUUAGCAGAUUGAGGUCAAGAUAAUGACUCCUAAAAUCAGCUAUAUUUCAGAUGGUGGUAAAAAAUAGGAUUUUGAUCAUCAAAAAUUCUCCUCAGCAGAUGAUGAUGAUAUGUAGGUAAAUUAAUAAAAAAAGCUAGGAAAUAUUAAUAAGAUCAAUUCCCUUACAAAUUAAGUUGACCAAAUAUACCAAAGUCACAAUGACCUAAAUUAGCUUAAUGAGAAUCAAGACAAGUAAAAAAUUUCAGAUACUGAGAUACACUAAAAUGAUUCACUAAUUAAUAAGACUAUUGCGUUGUUGAAAUUUGCCAUUAAAUUAGCUAUUAAUGGCUGA